AAUGACUUGAAAAGAAUCAUUCACAAGACAUGGAAAACAAAGGAAUUAGAAGAACCGGUGGUCCUCACUUGGUGCUAGUACCAUGUCCUUUACAAGGCCAUAUGAAUCCAAUGCUUCAUUUGGCAAAACUCCUCCACUCCAAAGGCUUUACAAUCACAAUUAUUAACACCCAAAUCUCUUCUCAUCAUCAUCAUCAUCCAAAUGACUUGUUCUUCUAUGAAUCAAUUGAUGGUGGUUUACCAGAUGCCUCCUCCAUUGAUGGUGAUGUUGUGCCAUUCUUGUUGGAACUCAAUUUGAAGUGUAGAGAACCAUUUAGAGAUUGCUUGGCUCGGAUGAUGGUGAGAGUUGAUGGCUCUAGAGAUCAUGUUUCCUGCAUCAUCCAUGAUUCUGCCAUGUACUUCUCUGUUUCUGUUGCUGAUGAAUUGGAGAUUCCUAGGAUUGUUUUGAGGACAAGUAGUGCUGCCACCUUCUAUGGCUUCUCACUUCUCUUCAAGCGGAAAGGAUGUCUUCCAAUCCAAGAGGAUCAAAUGGAGGAAGCACUUGAAGAAUUUCCAACCCUGAGAGUGAAGGACAUGCCAAUCUUCAAGACAUCCUACCAAGAAGCCAAGGAAGAGAUAUUUGCUACUACAAUUCACAAUUCAACAAUGACUGCUUCUGCAAUCAUAUGGAACUCUCUCACUUGUCUUGAACAAUUGAUGUUCAAGAACAUCCAAGAAAACCACUUGGUUCCAAUCUUCCCUAUUGGGCCUCUCCACAAACACUCAAAAGCCUCUUUAACCACCAAGCCCAUAUUGACCAAGGAGGAUCACCAUCCUUGCAUUGUUUGGUUAGACACACAAACCCCAAAAUCAGUCAUAUAUGUGAGCCUUGGGAGUUUAGUUGCAAUAAGUGAGAAUGAGUUCAUUGAGAUGGGUUGGGGUCUAGCCAAUAGUGACCAACCCAUUUUGUGGGUGGUUAGGCCAGGGCUAGUCCAUGGCUCAAAUGGGUCAAACCUUGUUGAUUUAUUCCCCAAGGAGUUGAAUGAGCUUAUGUCAAAAAGGGCUUGCAAAUUCACUGAUUGGGCACCACAAGAGCAAGUCUUGGCACACCCAUCUAUAGGUGGGUUUUUGACACACAAUGGGUGGAAUUCUACAAUUGAGAGCAUUUGUGAAGGGGUCCCUAUGAUUUGUUGGCCAUGUUUUGGUGAUCAAAGGGUUAAUGCAAGGUUUGUGAGCCAUUUUUGGAGGGUUGGUGUCCAAUUGGAGGACAAAUUGGAGAGAGAGGAUAUAGAGAGUGCUAUUAGAAGGCUCAUGGUGGACAAAGAGGGUAAGAAGAUAAGAGGGAGAGCCAUACAAUUUAAGGAGAAGAUUGGGUUUUCCUUGAGACAAGGAGGUUCCUCUUGUGUGUUUUUAGAUAAUUUAGUUGAUUUUAUUAAGACGAAAUCCAAUCCCUUUUGAUAAUGUAUAAGUUGUGAUUACUAAAAGGGCUAGGACCCCUCACAAAUCAAAUUGUGAUUCACAGUAUUAGAUCAAUCACUUCCUUUCAUUUUGUUUUAUCAUACACACAUAAAUAAAGACUACAAACCAUAACACGACAGACCGACAAACCCAAGCAAUGAUAUGGAGAAUCGUGGCCAUUAUCUAACCAACAACAUUGCAAAUCCAAAAGCAAUUUGGCUUAGAAUAUUACCUGAGAGUCAAGGCAACAACCCAUUUGACAAAAGAUAUAUACCUUUGUAUAAGUCAAUUAUGGAUUCCUUGACAAAAAUAUUGGAAUCUUGAAGAUAUUUGUACUA